UGGAGGAAAAUGACACAAAAUUCCUUUUAUGUCCCCGAUUAACUUUUGACAGUUUCCUCUCUCUUUCACAGUAGCUUCCUUGAUUGUGCUGUGUGCUCUCGCUUCGUCUACAGAUCUUCAGCACUCGUAUUCUCAAUUCCAUCAAAUUUUAAGGUUAGUCUCCGUUUUGGCUUUAGCUGUUUGACAGAAUUAUUUGAAUGGAUUCGAGUUCGAGUCAGCCAGAGUUUGAUUACUUGUUCAAGUUGUUGAUGAUUGGGGAUUCUGGUGUUGGAAAGAGUAGUCUUCUUUUGAGUUUCACUUCUGAUACCUUUGAAGAUCUUUCCCCCACUAUCGGUGUUGAUUUUAAAGUAAAAUAUGUCAAUAUUGCGGGCAAAAAGCUCAAACUUGCAAUUUGGGACACAGCUGGUCAAGAGAGAUUUAGAACACUGACAAGUUCUUAUUACAGAGGUGCCCAAGGGAUCAUCAUGGUCUAUGAUGUAACAAGGCGAGACACGUUCACUAACCUUUCUGAUAUAUGGGCCAAGGAAAUUGACCUAUAUUCAACAAAUCAAGACUGCAUCAAGAUGCUUGUUGGAAACAAGGUUGACAAGGACAGUGAACGGGUUGUAACAAAAAAAGAAGGCAUAAAUUUUGCUAGGGAAUAUGGAUGCCUUUUCAUUGAAUGCAGUGCUAAAACUAGGGUUAAUGUGCAGCAGUGUUUUGAAGAGCUUGUUUUAAAGAUUUUAGACACACCUAGCCUCUUAGCUGAGGGGUCCAAGGGCUUGAAAAAGAACAUCUUUAAAGAGAAGCCGCCUCAAUCUGAUGCAUCAACGAGCGGUUGUUGCUGAUGUUAAUUUCUCUCAUACACACAUAUUUCCAUACCCUUAACUGAAGUGGCGGCGGUUCUCUACCUAAUGCUGAAGAAACUAUUAUUCUUUAUGUUUCUGUUUUACGUGAAUUGGAAAUUACGUGUAAUAUAGGAAUGUUGCAGUUUCAUUUUGCUUUAAACCUUUGUUUGUGUACAUUAAAUAUUAUUCAUGAUGAGUGAAAACCCAUUGAAACUAAUUACUAUUGAAUUACAAUAAAGAGUUUCGCUUAA